GCCGCGCAUGCGCCCCGCCGCCGCCUCCGUCAGAACAUGGCUUCCUCGGAACUCAGCAUGGAGGAGUGCGUCCCGUCUCCCGGCACCCCGGACUCGAGGAAGAGGCCCCUAGACAUCGACUCUGACGAUGCCAUAUCCAAGAGAUCACACUAUAUACCUGCAGACAUGCAGAGUGAUGGAACAUACCACCUCAAGAUCCUUGUCCCAAGCGUGGCAGCUGGUGCCAUAAUUGGCAAGGGAGGUGAAACUAUUGCUCAACUCCAGAAGGAUACAAAUGCCCGAGUCAAGAUGUCAAAGGCAAAUGAUUUUUACCCAGGUACAACGGAGCGCGUUUGCCUGAUCACAGGCAACGUGGAUGCCAUAUUGACAGUCUUGUCAUUCAUAAUGGAGAAGAUCAAGGAGAAGCCAGAUCCCAAUGCCAAGCCAGCCAUUGACUUUGAUAAUAAACAGACAGCAGAGAGAGAGAAACAGAUUUCAAGAAGUGCUCGCUCCCCACAGGUGAAGAUUUUGGUCCCAAACAGCACAGCUGGGAUGAUCAUUGGGAAGGGUGGCACUUACAUCAAGCAGAUCAAGGAAGAAAGUGGAGCAUACGUUCAGAUCUCUCAGAAGGCCAAAGAUCAGUCUCUGGCUGAACGGUGCAUCACAGUCAUCUCCAAUGAUGUUGACAACAGCAAGAAUGCAUGCCUGAUGAUCCUGGCCAAAAUUGUGGAGGACCCACAGAGUGGAACAUGUCUCAACGUGAGCUAUGCAGACAUCACAGGCCCCGUCGCAAAUCCCAACCCCACUGGAUCUCCAUUUGCUAAUUCUCCAGGUGGACAAAACACGCAGAAUGGUACCAUGGGAGCACUGUCCAAUCCGCUCUCUGCAGUGAGUGGAUUGGGUAAUUUGCUUGGAGGUGGAGUAAAUCUGACCUUAAAUCUAAGCUCAGCCUAUCCCAACGGAGGUGCUGGGAACCCCGUGGUUACCGGACAACUGUUAGAGCAUGUACGCUCUCUCCUGCGCUCGUCGGGCUUUGCUGACCAGUCCAAUGCUGAAGUGUGUCAGGCCAUUAGCACUCUGAUCAACUAUGGUAUCAUAGGCCUGGGGCUUGGUCUCGGGAAUCCCUCUGGUC